GAGAGAUCACGUGACAAAAUGUUUACAUGCAAACAUGACUACAAAUGGAUAUGUAGCUCUACUACUUCUCCACAAAAGGUUCAUUAAAGAGGAGAAAUCAAUAACAAUACAGAGGUAUACAACAAGUGGUUUUAAUCCAACCCUAUUGAUGAUCGACCACAUGCAAAUUAUCUGAGAAAAUGGAAAUGUCAUUUCCGCCACUGCAAGGCCAACUGGCCUUCACAAAGAGUUCGGUGGAGUUUGACAAUGGAGGGUUCGGGAUUACCGGGAUGUCGGGCUUCCUGUCGGAGAGAGAGCCGGAAGAGUUUUCCGGACAGCCCCGUGUCUUCACCAGCACCGAUGGGGAGGAGGCAAUCAAGUGUCUGCGAAAGGCAUUUCAGGUGUUACAACCUGGGAACCAUGCAGCUCGCAAGCCAUCGGAGAACGUCUCCUCUGGGUUCAUCCACUGCCGUCACUCGUCACAACUCGGCAAGCGCUAUGUGAAUCUCCGACACCACCUAGAGGAGCGUGCAAGAAAAGAGCUCCUUAGAGACUGUUUGUUCCGACUGAAAACUGGCGCCAUAUUUGUACGUGACCUUCAGCACCUGGUGAAAAACGAGUACAAAGUCUUCUAUCAUAUAAGUCACGACUGUGUGACGGAGAUUCCCGAAAGUAAGAUAUUCUGUCUCAAUGCACUGUGUGAGGACCUACGGACGCUGGUAGGCGACUGGAAGUGUAUAAAACAGAAGCUUCAUACUAACCGGUGGCUACAGCCAGUGCAAGGAGCGUUGUUCUUUCAGUUGGAUAGGAUAAAAUUGGUGUUAGACCAGUUGAUACAGUCUGCAAUAUGGUGGCUGGAAAAGUUUGUCGUUGUCGGUUUACAGGUGUUUGCUCACGGAAGCGUGGACACGUUCACGCAUGAAAUGAUUUGGAAUGUAACACGAGGCCUUGAAGAUUUAAAUAAAAUAAUAAACAGCUUACAAUCACCCUCACCUACCUCAAAAUAUGGCUUACAAUCACCAAAUGUGCUCAGGCUGCACGGGCUUAGUGCGGAAUCAACUAAUUCAUUUGCCAGUUUAGGCGAGUAUGUUAAAUCUUUGCCAUUCACAAGAGUGCUAUCAAUUUUGGCGAACGAACGGUCAAAGUACGCCGCUCUCGAGACUCACAGAUUUUUCACGACAAGUCCAGAGUUUGUGAAAUUGUUAAAUUCUGGGAAACUUCCGGAAUACAUAUGGACUGAGGAAUCUAGUCAUGCAAAUGACAAGCUAGAACGUGAGACGUCGGACUAUCAUACCGCCACUGGCAGCAUGACGUCUUUGAGUGCGGCCAUUUUGAAAAUUGGCAGUGUGCGAGCACCGGAUUUAUCCGACUCGGACUCUCCAUUAGUUGAACUCGGACGUCGAGAGCAUGCUUUCGCAGAAAACUUCCUUCUUGUUGUGUGCAAUUCCACAAACUUACUGCGGCGAAACGACAGUAGACCCAGGAAGGUUGUGAAAGGUUCCCAAAGUUUUUCGGGUUCAGAUAAACCCCCUCGGGGAGAAACCCCAGUGUUGUCGAGGGCGGAUUCCAUGAGAAAGUCUGUGUCCUGGGGAGACUCGGCUGACAGCUCAAUAAAAUCCCAGCUGACCUCAAGGUACAUGGACCUCUAUUGGAACCAUUUCGGCACCAACCUGUACACGAUGUUCUACGAGCCUUGCUGGGCACGAGUGACCUCUCUGUACUCAUCAGAGAUUGGGAGCACCCUAGUGCUCAACACCAUCGUCAUAGCGAUCAUGAAACACAUGAUGCAGCACGUCUGCCUCAAGGAUCUCUUUCCACCGGCCAGUGUUACACCCAUGUUAAUGGCCGCCAAGAAAUGUCUCCAUGUAGCAGCAUUUGGUGCCUGGGAUACCUGCAUGUCUGAGGCUCUGGCGUCUCAGAGGUCAGACAAGUGCUACCCAUGCCCCCUGGUUGGUGGGGACUACAGCACGCGCACAGGCAUGUUGCUGAGGGAUACGUUCCAGCCUGCGCUACACCUCCUGAGAGAGCACCUGGCCGAGACCAUAGAGCCGUCACAUGGAGGGAUGCCUGCGAUGGGGUGUGAGGUGGUGGCAGUUGCCAUGAGACUAGUGGCCACGUCUGGGGCCUCCCUGCACUGGUGUCGCACCAAGACCCACCAGUACCUGGGCAGUAUGGCCGUAGGCAACUUCCUGCUUAUCUCACAGACCGACCUCAAGCUGCUGGUAGAUGAGACGAGGACAUCGCUGUACCAGCUACAGAUGGUUACCAAGGCGCUGGGUCACAAGGAGGCUGGGGACAGUCUGUCUCCCAUGGCAACACAGCUGGGACAUAUCAUGGACAGUCUGCAGAGUGUAUCAUCGCAGAGCAUGAAGCAGUUCUCUCGCAAUGUCUCCACGUCUGCCCACGAGUACUUCAAGACUCACAUGCCAUCUGCCAAGGUGUGGAGGAAGAAAGCAGACAACGGUGGCCCAUCGGACCACAACCUGUACAUAGAGCACGUGUUGGAGACGGUACUGGAGCCAGUGCUGGAGGGGGUUAGCAAGCUCAAGCAGACGGUCCAGCUGUCAGUCGUAUCCCAGGCAACAGAGGCAGUCUGUCAGGCAUGGAUGAACUUUAUCCUGCAGGAGAAAAUCAAAUUCAGCUAUGAUGGUGCCUGCCAGCUUGGGGUUGAUGCUCGGUACAUGCGUACCUGGCUGCAGCAAAGCAUCGCCAUGGAGAUAGUGAGACAGAGCAUCCUUGACCUUCCUGUACUGAAAACUCUCACGGGUGCAAUAAUGCUGUUGAUGAGGCAGCCCAGUAGACGUUCCUCAAGCAAGUUUAGGGAGUCUUCUUCAGGCCAUGAUCUAGCCAGCGACUGCAUCAAUGGGGUGAGAUCUGUGUACGAAAGUGAGGACUGUGUAAGCCAUGUGGCAAACCAUUCGGAGUGGCUUUCCCUGAGAAUGCAGGGGGGAGGGAGGAGCUGGAGGGGAAUAUCUGGCUGUCUGAACCCUGAUGCCCAAUAACCAUGGAAAUGAAUUGGACUGAAUUCACACCAGUUUUGGAAAAAUCUACCAGGUUUGUCGUAACCUGAGAACAACAUUGGACAGUCACUAUAUAAAAACCUUGGGCUGGAUUUGAAGUAUUUAUACAGUAUGGAAUAAUCAAAACUUGGAUCUAUGCUAACUAUAAAAAAUGUUCAACAAGGUCAACAGCUCCUUUGGAGACAUCAUUAAAGAAACAAACAAGCACAACUUGCGUUACAUUUACAAUAACUAUGGAACGGUGACUAUGGAACAGCUCAUAACUAUCAAAACAUCUAAAAGUAAAGCUACUUUAAACAUAGAUAGCAUCUUUAACUUUAUCUAAAGUAACAAGUUAAGAGUAAAUACAGAUUUUUUCUUGAAUUUUGUUUUUGAUCCUGGUGUCCAAAGCAAGCUGCAUUCAUUCAUGGAAGUGUGAAAAUAAAACUGAGAUUAGUUUA